GUACUUGGCUACCUGCUGGGGGGUGCGAUAGUCGGGCCUUAUGCUCUGGGCUUCAUCAGCGACGUGAACAACAUUAAGCACCUGGCGGAGAUUGGUGUAGUGCUGCUGCUCUUCAACAUCGGUCUGGAGCUAUCACUGGACAGGCUGCAGUCCAUGGCCAAGUUUGUGUUUGGAAUGGGCACGGCGCAGGUGGUUUUCACGUUGUUGGGUGUUGCGGGUGUUGCCAUGGCGGUGGCGGGGCUCCCGGGGCCGGGGGCCAUCAUCCUGGGGGGCUCACUGGCCAUGAGCUCCACUGCGGUGGCGAUCCAGGUGCUGGAGGAGCGCGGCGAGAUGGGCAGUCGGCACGGCCGCGCCAUCUUCUCUGUGCUGCUGCUUCAGGACCUGGCGGUGGUGGUGCUGCUGAUGCUUAUUCCGCUGCUGGCGCCCUCCCCGGACGGCUCCUCCGGCGGCUUUGCGCGCAUCGCCCAGGCGCUGGGGCUGGCUGCGGUGAAGGCGGUGGUGGCGAUUGUGGGCAUUAUUGCGGGCGGCCGCAUCCUCGUACGGCCGCUGUACAAGAAGAUUUCAGAGUUCGCCAACGCCGAGAUCUUCGCCGCCACCACGCUCCUCAUGGUGUUGGGCACCUCCUUCCUCACGCAGCUGGCGGGGUUGUCCCUGGCACUGGGGGCCUUUCUGGCGGGACUUCUCAUAGCGGAGACGGAGUAUGCACUGCAGGUGGAGUCUGACAUUGCGCCGUACAAGGGCCUGCUGAUGGGUUUGUUCUUCAUGUCGGUGGGUAUGGAGAUCUCCGUACAGCUGUUCCUUCAGAAGUGGAAGGAGGUGCUGGGGGCCAUUGUGGUGCUCAUUGUGGGCAAGGUGGCGGUGAUGGCGGCUGUGGGACCCCUGUUCGGUUUGUCCCGUCUGGCCGCGGUGCGCUCCGGCCUUCUGCUGGCUCCAGGGGGGGAGUUCGCCUUCGUGGCGUUCGGAGAGGCCGUGUCGCGGGGGGUAUUGCCUGCCAACGUAUGCAACCUGCUGUACGUGGUGGUUGCGCUGUCCAUGGCCCUGACGCCGUACCUGGCCGAGCUGGGCAGUCGUCUGGGUGCCGUACUGGAGAGCUCCGACCUGAUGACUCUGCAGCCCAAGGAGGAUGAGAUGAAGGAGAUGAAGGACCACGUCAUCAUUGCGGGCUAUGGCCGUGUGGGGCAGAUCAUUGCCCAGAUGUUGUCCGAGCAGCUCAUCCCCUUCGUGGCGCUGGACGUGAGCAGCGCCCGGGUGGCGGUGGGCAAGAAGAAGGACGUGCCGGUGUACUUUGGAGACGCAGGCUCCUAUUCGGUGAUGCACCUGGUGGGCGCUGAGAGGGCGGCCUGCGCCAUCAUCGCCCUGGACACCCCGGGCGCCAACUACCGGGCAGUCUACACCAUGUCGAAGCACUUCCCGCACGUCAAGACGUACGUACGGGCGCACGACAUCACCAACGCAGUGAACCUGGAGCGCGCGGGGGCUACAGCCGUGGUUCCGGAGACGUUGGAGCCCUCCCUGCAGCUGGCAGCUGCCGUACUGCGAGAGAUGGAGUUCAACACGGAGGAGGUGAGCUCCGUUGUGGACGAGUUCCGUCGGAAGCACCUGGCUGAUCUGCAGCUACUGUCAGCCAGCUCGGGAACCAGUUUGGGUUACGGAUUUGAGAAGCAGAAGAAGGAGGCGGGGACGGGGGCGGGUAGUGCGGGUAGCGGCUCCGGGGGGGAGGGCACUCCCAUGAUGUCGCCGGCUGCUGCGUGA